GUGUCACUCAGGAAAUGCUUGUCUCCGGUUGUUGAUGAAUAAUUUCAGAGUACUAUGGAUCAUGCUGAAGAAAAUGAAAUCCUUGCAGCAACCCAGAAGUACUAUGUGGAAAGGCCUAUUUUUAGUCAUCCAGUCCUCCAGGAAAGGCUACACAAGAAGGACAAGAUUUCGGAUUCCAUUGGGGAUAAGCUGAAACAGGCAUUCACAUGUACUCCUAAGAAGAUAAGAAAUAUCAUUUACAUGUUCCUACCCAUAACUAAGUGGUUGCCUGCAUAUAAAUUCAAGGAGUAUGUGUUGGGUGACUUGGUCUCAGGUAUAAGCACAGGGGUGCUUCAGCUUCCUCAAGGUUUAGCCUUCGCAAUGUUGGCAGCUGUGCCUCCAGUGUUUGGCCUGUACUCUUCAUUUUACCCUGUUAUCAUGUACUGUUUCUUUGGAACGUCCAGACACGUAUCCAUAGGUCCCUUUGCUGUGAUUAGCCUGAUGAUUGGUGGUGUGGCUGUCCGAUUAGUACCAGAUGAUAUAGUGAUUCCAGGAGGAGUAAAUGCAACCAAUGAUACAGAAGCAAGAGAUGCCUUGAGGGUGAAAGUCGCCAUGUCUGUGACCUUACUUUCAGGAAUCAUUCAGUUUUGCCUAGGCGUCUGCAGGUUUGGAUUUGUAGCCAUAUACCUCACAGAGCCUCUGGUCCGAGGGUUCACCACCGCGGCAGCUGUGCACGUCUUCACCUCCAUGUUAAAAUACCUGUUUGGAGUUAAAACAAAGCGGUACAGUGGGAUAUUUUCAGUGGUGUAUAGUACAGUUGCUGUGUUGCAGAAUGUUAAAAACCUGAACGUGUGUUCCCUAGGCGUCGGACUGAUGGUUUUUGGUUUGCUGUUGGGUGGCAAGGAGUUUAAUGAGAGAUUUAAAGAGAAAUUGCCAGCACCCAUUCCUUUAGAGUUUUUUGCGGUGGUCAUGGGAACUGGCAUUUCAGCUGGGUUUAACUUGAAAGACUCAUACAAUGUGGAUGUCGUUGGAACAUUGCCUCUGGGGCUACUACCUCCAGCCAAUCCAGAUACCAGCCUCUUCCACCUUGUGUAUGUGGAUGCCAUUGCCAUAGCCAUCGUUGGAUUUUCAGUGACCAUCUCAAUGGCAAAGACCUUGGCAAAUAAACAUGGCUACCAGGUUGAUGGCAAUCAGGAGCUCAUUGCCCUGGGACUGUGUAAUUCCAUUGGCUCACUCUUCCAGACCUUUUCAAUUUCAUGUUCCUUAUCUCGAAGCCUUGUUCAGGAGGGAACUGGUGGGAAAACACAGCUUGCAGGUUGUUUGGCCUCAUUAAUGAUUCUGCUGGUCAUAUUAGCCACUGGAUUCCUCUUUGAAUCAUUACCUCAGGCUGUGCUGUCGGCCAUUGUGAUCGUCAACCUGAAAGGAAUGUUUAUGCAAUUCUCAGAUCUCCCCUUUUUCUGGAGAACCAGCAAAAUAGAGCUGACCAUCUGGCUUACCACGUUUGUUUCUUCUUUGUUUCUCGGACUGGACUAUGGUUUGAUUACUGCUGUGAUCAUUGCUCUGUUGACUGUUAUUUACAGAACACAGAGUCCUAGCUACAAAGUACUUGGACAGCUUCCUGACACUGAUGUGUAUAUUGAUAUAGAUGCAUAUGAGGAGGUGAAAGAAAUUCCUGGAAUUAAAAUUUUCCAAAUAAAUGCCCCAAUUUAUUAUGCAAAUAGUGACUUGUAUAGCAAUGCAUUAAAAAGAAAGACUGGAGUGAACCCAGCGCUCAUAAUGGGCGCAAGAAGAAAGGCCAUGAGGAAGUAUGCUAAGGAAGUUGGAAAUGCAAGUAUGGCCAAUGCAACUGUUGUCAAAGUGGAUGCAGAAGUUGAUGGAGAAGAUGGUACCAAGCCUGAAGAAGAGGACAAUGAAAUAAAAUAUCCCCCAAUCGUCAUCAAAAGCACGUUUCCUGAAGAACUGCAAAGAUUUAUGCCUCCAGGGGAUAAUGUCCACACUGUCAUUCUUGAUUUUACACAAGUCAAUUUUGUUGAUUCUGUUGGAGUGAAAACGGUGGCUGGGAUCGUAAAAGAAUACGGAGAUGUCGGUAUUUAUGUAUAUUUAGCAGGAUGCAGUGCACAAGUAGUGAAUGACCUGACCCGAAAUCAUUUUUUUGAAAAUCCUGCCUUAAAGGAUCUGCUGUUCUACAGCAUUCAUGAUGCAGUCCUGGGCAGCCAAGUUCGAGAGGCCCUUGCUGAACAAGAAGCCUCAGCUCUUCCUCCCCAGGAAGACUCGGAACCGAAUGCCACUCCGGAGACAUAGAGUGAAUCAGCCUGGGAUGGGGUUAUGAGCUUCUUGUGAAAUCACUAAUUUACACAUUUGAAAUACUGCGCACCAGGAUCUUUUCUGAGGCUGAACACUACGAGUUAAGGCUUGAUUUGGAGGGUGAAUGAUGCAUUGCAAGAUGUGUCUUACUUGUGUGUGGUUUUUUUUUUAAUGGAAUAUUUCAGAGAUAA